AAAUUAGUCCCUGAAUUAAAUGAGAAUAAAUCAAAUGAUGACUCAGAGAUUUUUUAUGAGUCGAUUCGUUGUAAAAGUGAAAAACGAAAAAUAAUACAUGAUAUCCUGAUAUAAGCUGAGUUUUAAAAUUUCGAAUAUCACUUCAUUUUUUUUUUUUAUAAUUAUAGAGAAUGUAUUUAAUGUAAAAAAAAUUCGGCCAAUUUAAUAUUAUUUCUUUUCGCACACAGGAUCCCUACUUGUAGAAGGCGACCGUUAUUCUCAGUGUUGAGAUCUGUUUCUGUACCAUCGAUGGGAGUCGGAAGAAAUUCGGUCAGGGGGGAAGAUUCAGAGAUUGACCGGACGAGUGAUGGAGUGAUGGCCGAAGGGGAGGCGGAGACUGGCGACGGAAUGCUAGCGGUCCACCACAGCCCCCUCGUCAAGAGGGAAGUCGAGCACCAGGACAUCACGCAGGAAAGUGAAGAAGAUUGCAGUUCGCUCGAUUCUUGUGGAGAAGGAGGAAUGGGGGGAGCCCCAGAGCAAAGGGGGCAGAGCCCGCCGCAAUCCUGUAAUGACCAAUCCAAGCAAAUGAACGGACUCCUCAACCUGAGUUCGGUGCCCGGUUUGGGGCAGGCCCUCGGGGGGCUAGGUUCUGCGGGGCCGAGUGGGCCCCCCAUCGCUCCCCCAGGCAUCAUCAACAACCAGCUCAUCAACACCCCACUCAACCUCAGCCUAAACGCCACCAGUGAGUACAAAAAUAAUUUGAAUACCAAUUUGCUGCCGACUGCCCAGCAAGUUCUAACGCCACCACAACCCACUGCUAUGCCCCAGCUAAUCCUUGCUUCAGGACAAAUAAUACAAGGCAUUCAGGGAGCUCAACUUCUUAUACCAACAUCACAAGGAAUAGCAACCCAGACUAUCUUGACCAUCCCAAUCAAUGCUGUUACAAACAACCAAAUGGUUAAUAUGCCUAUGAGUAAUGGCCAAGUGAUGACAACUACUCUUGCUAACUUAGCUCAUCAAUAUGCCCACACCAAUGUUGCUGGAGUUAAUCAUAAUAUUGGACCAAAUUUGACGAAUACUUUACCACACCUGUUGAAUGGACACAAUGCUCAACAACAACAUCAGCAGCAUUUACUUAAUGCUUUCCAGCAACAGCAAGCCCAGCAACAACUUCAGCAUCAACAAGCUCAGCAGCAUCAACAGCAACAGCAACAGCAAGCUCAGCAGCAAGCUCAACAACAAGCUCAGCAACAACAGCAGCAACAACAACAACAACAGCAGCAGCAACAAGUUCCUCAGCAAUUAUGUCAACAACAAUCCCAGAAAUCACCACUUGGUCUAAACCAGUAUUCUAGUGGAAUUCCAAAUUGUUCAAAAUCUCCACCAAUAAACGGAAUGAGCAAUGGUUCAACAACGAACCCAUCAUCAUCACCACUCAACACAAUUAGUCGCUUAGCCGCUAGCAAUAGUGAUUUGACAAUUACAACUAGUUCUAACAAACCUCAGAUACCUCCAUACCAGCAUAGCCCUUCACCUUUAGAUCUGAUGGAGGAAUCAAAUCAGCCUAUGAUAUCAGAGAGCAGGGGCAAUACUGUUGAUGGAAUCAAUUUGGAUGAGAUAAAGGAAUUUGCAAAAGCUUUUAAGCUGAGACGUCUUUCUUUGGGUCUUACACAAACACAAGUAGGUCAAGCACUAAGCAUAACCGAAGGGCCAGCUUACAGUCAAUCUGCUAUUUGCAGUGCCCUGGCAACUCAGAUGUACUGUGCCCAACUCGCCUCCCAGCAACAGUCAAUGUUUGAAAAACUCGAUAUAACUCCAAAAAGUGCACAAAAAAUCAAACCGGUUUUGGAGCAGUGGAUGAAAGAAGCUGAAGAGAGCAGGUAUAAGAGUGGCCAAAACCACUUGACUGAAUUUAUUGGGGUGGAACCAUCAAAGAAACGAAAAAGAAGAACUUCAUUCACACCUCAAGCUUUAGAGCUGCUUAAUGCGCAUUUUGAAAGAAACACCCAUCCAUCUGGUACAGAAAUAACAACACUUGCUCACCAGUUAGGAUAUGAAAGGGAAGUGAUCCGAAUUUGGUUCUGCAACAAACGACAGGCUCUUAAGAACACUGUGAGGAUGAUGUCUAAAGGCUGCACCUAGCUGCCACCUGCCUGGCCAUAAGGAAAUUAUGGUGUAAAAAGUGAAAAUUUUAAACUGUGUUAAAAGAAAAUGUAAAAAGUAUAUAUAUAGUUUGGACUAAAUUCUUUGCAACCAGGACAAUGAUGUUGUGUUUGACAUUUCUUUGCAAGGAAAAAUAAAAGAGAUAUUCUGAUAAAGUGAAGGACUUAAGUGAGUGUGAAGUCUAUAACAUUUUGUUGACUGUGGCCAUAUGGAGAGUCCAAGCACUCUAAUUUAUUAAGUAUUAUGUAAAUAAUUACAUAGAUAGUUUUCAGCACCAUGUAAAUGCUGUUGAGGUUUAUUGUUUCAAAUGAAAUAGUAUAUAUACAAAAAAUAUUUUAUAAUGACCAUCUCUUUUUUUUUAACUGCACAGUUGGUGUUGUAUUUUUACAUCAAAAUAAAGUUAAAAAUUGUUCAUUUCUACUCUUAAUUAUUUUGUCAAGCUUCAUUGUACACACAUACAUACAUCAGAAACUAGAAUACCCACUACCGAUGCUAUGAUCUAUCUUUAUUAUCUUCAUCCUCAUAAUUCUUUAUUAAAACAUUAUAGGAUAGAAUACCGAUAUCUUUAAAGACUUCCUCCAUAUUUUCACCAAAAUCCUCAAGACAUCUAUCUUUUCAUCUUGUUCAUGAUCAGGUAUAUUUGUUGGGGGAUGAUAAGCAACAUUGUGUUCGAAUAACGCAGAGAAAGAAGUGACAAGAAAUUUUGAACUUUUGAAUUUUUUUAUUGUAAUAGUAUAUAUAUUUCAUAUUUCUAUAAGUUAUAUUUUAGUACAUUUAUAAUUCAUUUUAUUAACAAUAUUAAAAACAUAUCUAAAAAUUUUAAAUCAAUAAAACUUUUUUUUUACCUGAUGAUUUGAAUUUAAAUAAACCUCAACAAGUGCAUAUUGUGCAAUGUUGAAUUUCACUUAUUAAGUCAUGUUUCACAAAAUGACAUAGAAAGUUAUGAAUUAUUUAGAGAUUUCUCACUAAAUAAGUGUUUUUAUAGUGAUAUAAAACUUGUUCCAAAAAUAUAUAUGUAUAUAUUAAAAAGUAUAUAAUUAAAUUGCCAGUAUAUAAUCACUAAAUAAUUAUAUUUAUUAAUAUACAUUAUUUAUGAUCUCAUUAUCAAAUUAUCAUAUUGCUAUUAUUGCACCUAUACAAGCCUAUUCGUCCAAAAUGUAAAGGUUCUUUAUGUAUAUAUGAACAAGUGUACAAUAUGCAUAUAAAUGUAUUGUAUAUAAUACGGGACCUAAGACUAAAACAGUAUUUUGGUUAGGCCUAGUGUAAUUUAUGAUCAUCACUUUAAAUGAGGAACAUUUAUUUAUUUUUGUGUAUAUUAUUAUUGUUAAAUAUUGAUUAUAGGAUUUAUUUGAUUUAAUUUGUAUUUAUGUAUAAUAAUGACCACAAGGUACUUGUGAUAAGAGACUCAUUUAUUUAAGUAAAUUAAAUCUAAAAGUGAGAUAAAGGAAAAUUCUAAAUUAUUAUAUUGUGAUAAAAAAAAAAAACUAUUCAUAACCUGUAAGAGGUUUUUUUGGAUCAUUUUUAUUGAUAUAAACAGCAUUAAUUUCUGAAUUAAAAGUGGACAGUUUGCACAUGCUACUGACUUACGUAAAUGAGUCACAUUGCCAUAAUAUUUAAUGUACUACUUCACUAACACCAAAAUACGGUAACCAAUAACCGUUAUAGCAUAUUUGUUGUUAGUUCUGUAUUAUUUAAAACUAAAACUAUUUAUUUAUAAAAGUGACAGUUCAUAAUAGAAAUACUGUGGAUUUGUAUUAUAUAUUUUAAACAGUAAGUAAAGUAGAUUUUGAGUAUUUGAUAAAAUUUAUUAUAACCUUAUAACUAGUUAAUCUAUUUUAUAAAACCAGAAGUACUUUAAUAACUUAUUUUAAAACUCAUUUGGUAUAAAAUAAUGUAAAAGGAAAAAAAUUAAGCUCCCUUUUUUUUUUUCUAUAUCGCCACACUGAAUUUUAACUAAUUAUACUAUUUUUAUUUUAAAUCCUCAAGUUUUUACUAAACCAUGGUAUUUUAAAUAAUAUCUUACUGUUUCCUCUCAUUUAACUAUCCCAUGUAUAAAAUUACUUGAAUGAAUGUGAGUAAGAAAUGUUCUUAGAUUAGUAAAAAAAAAAAAUCCCUUUUGAUUUGUUGACACACAAUCUUUUUUUUACUUGAUUUUUUUUUCAAAUCUGUUUUUACCUAUUUAACCCAUAAAAACUAUGUAUAAUUUAACUAAUGAUUGAUUGAUGAAUGAUUUGAUUAUGUAGUAAUUUGGUAUGCAGCACAACUGGUGUCAAAUAUUUUAUGAACACAUUUUUCUGUAAAUAAAUGUAUAUUAUGAGUAAAUGAAACCAAAGUUCCUAUUAGUUUUUGUAAGGUUAAAACUUUUAAGGACAUUGAUGUAUAUUAUUGUCUAUAGGUAUGUCUUUCGGAAUCUGCAUGCCCACGAUUGUCUGUAUCUGUUUGAUGUUGUAACUAAUUGUAGCUUAAUAUAUACUCUCAUUUAAGUGUUUAAUAAAUGAAAAUAUAGAAGAAAGUAGAAUAUUUAAUAAUUUCUUGAUUUAUUUUCUACUGUCUAACCGAAUUCCUGCUAUCCCUUUCCUCAAGUAUGGUUUAAUAUUAUUCCAGACAACAUUACAGUUCAACUAUUUCAAUCAUGUGGGAUCUUAUCUCUGAUUUAGUUAUUUACCAAUAAUAGUGUAGAAAUUUACUAUCUAUAUUCUUAAAUAAUUAAUUUUUUCAGUAACCAAAUUUUUUACCUUUAAUUUUCAUUGAUAUAUAUUGUCAGAUUUUAAAUUAAUAAAAUAGUCUGUAUUAAAUCUUUAAUAAAAUGUCUUUCUUAAUUAUUUUUUAUAUUAAUUUCAUUUUUUUUCCAUUUUUACAUUUACUCACCCAUUUUGAUCAAAUGAUAUAGAUAUGUAUAUAUACAUCUACGAAUACUAUUGGAUAUUUUUUAGUUUAAUUCAAUGACUCUUUUUACUUUCACUUAAG